AUGAUGACGGUCAAUUCGGUGAUUUGUCGCGCGAAGUUUCCAAAGUUGUUCGGCGGUCCGACCGGAAAUCUCGUCGUCGCUUGUAACGAUACUCGCAUCAAUAAUCCGUUAAAUGUUUUAUGGGACUAUCGAUACGAUAAAGUCGUCGACCCGUUUACCGUGACGUUAAACGACAGCGAUGAACUCUUGGCCGACGGGAAUUUCCGAUUCCGGUGCAACUUCGGUGGCAGAGACAAUAUGCACAACAAAUAUAUCGAACAUCCGUAUACAGUCGAUUCAGACCGUUGA